AUGGACAGGAAAAAGAACAACAAUGCCCAAGGAGGUCGCACAAACGGAAACAACAAAUCCAAACCUACCGACAACAAGGCCCAUACAGACACCACACUAGGCCUGUCAAACCUCAACCUCGGCGCCAACACAAACCCCAAACCCAAAAACAACAACUCUGGAAAGAAAACAUCCAAAAAGUCAACCUCCUCCUCUCAUGGCUCAACAGUAGCAGCAUCAUCACCCGUGUCAUCCAAGAAGGCAGGGCCUAUCCUCCUGGGCAUGCCGGACUCACCUAUGACGUCGGAGGAUGAUAUCGACCCCUAUAUCACCAAGAUUGGUGGCGUUCCUUUGUGGCUGUCAGAAGAUCUGCCAGCACCUUCCAAGUACGGUGUCUGCGAAGUAUGCGGCAAGGAUAUGUACCUGCUCCUUCAGGCAUAUGUGCCCCUCGAGAGCUCACCCUACGAUCGUGUCGUUUAUGUCUGGGCAUGUAACCAGCGACUCUGCAUGCGCAAGAAGGGAAGUUUCCGUGUGGUCCGUGCAUUGAAGUUGAACCCAGAGUACGCACAAAAGCUGGAAAAGAAGGCAAAACCUGCUGCACCUAUCGCUUCCGCACCAUUAGCCAACCCAUUCGGAGCAGCAGCACCAGGAGCAUUUGACAUGGGCAAUGCCUUGUUUGGUGGAGCAGGAACAGGAUUCAACAACCCUUUUGCACCUCCCUCGAGCACAGUCAACCCAUUCGCCCCACCUCCAGGAUUUGGGGCACCAGCCCCGGCAGCGGCACCUAUUUCUUUUGCCAGUGUUACAUCAUCCAACAUCCCCGCCAAGGAAGAGUCAUCCAGUGAAGAUGAAGAAGAGAUUGUAGAAGAGUCGGAACCAUGGCCAGAAAAGCCACCAGCAUUUUCCCCACAUUAUCUAUACAUUGCGGAAGAAGUGCUCGAGAAUUCCAAGACUGUCAGUGACGACAUUGCCGAAAAAUACAGUCACCUCCUCGCUCUGGAGGAGUCCAACCAGGACGAUGGCGAAGAUGACGAGAAGGGCGGUCCAGGAGGCGCCGGUUGGAGCGGAGAGGCGUAUGAGAAGGCAUCCCUCCCCAAGGGUGUUGACAAGGCGUUCAAGAAAUUCACAGAACGCGUUCAGGCAUGGCCUGAUCAAUGCGUUCGGUACCACUUCCCAGGAUCGCCCCUCUUGUUCUCGUUCUCUGACCCCACAGCACGGACACUCUUGCCAGCCAACGCUUCUCAGCAUUCAAAACACACUGCACCCAGUGCGCACAGGAUCCCAAGAUGUCCUGCCUGUAAGGGCCCCCGUGGGUUCGAGUUCCAGUUGAUGCCCAACUUGCUGUCGCUCCUGGACGUGACGUCCAAGAAGUACUUGUCAGAGGAGGAGAUGAAGGCCUUGAAGGAGCGGAAAGGCGCGCAGGUGUUUGAUAUUGGGAUGGAAUGGGGCACUAUUUUGGUGUACAGCUGUGUGGAUGAUUGUUUCGGAAAGAGUGUGGCCAAGAAGGUGGCUGGUGAUGUUGAAGAGGAUGCUAAAGUGCCGGCGGCUGUCAGGUACUUUGAGGAGGUGGCGCUUAUUCAGUUUGAGGAUUAG